AUGCCUGUUACAUCGUCAUACGCUCCGGUCCAGGUACCGGAUGUUGAUAUCUGGGAUUUUCUGUUUGAGAGGAAGAAUAAGCCGUUCCCAGAUGACAAGGUCAUCUACCAAGAUGCCGACACACAACGCAUUUACACCUACGCCGGUGUCAAGGAAGGCGCCCUUACCUUCGGCAAGGGCCUAAAAGCCAUCUACAACUGGCGCAAAGGCGACGUCCUCGCCCUCUUCACCCCUAACUGCAUCGAUACCCCCGUCAUCACCUGGGGCACCCACUGGGCCGGUGGCGUCGUCUCCCCCGCAAACCCCGCCUACACUGUCGAAGAAUUGGCUUUCCAGCUGAAGAACUCGGGUGCGAAAGCGCUGGUUACGCAGAUGUCUGUGUUGGGCGUUGCAGAGCAGGCAGCGGCUAAGGUUGGGAUUUCGAGGGAGAGGGUGAUACUCAUUGGAGAUGAGAGACAUCCUGAGGCGAAGUUUAAGCAUUUUACUUCCGUUAGGAAUAUCUCUGGUGCGACGAGGUUCCGGAAGACAAAGAUUGAUCCGAGAAAGGAUCUGUCGUUCUUGGUGUACUCGUCAGGGACGACUGGGUUGCCAAAGGGAGUGCGGCUGUCGCAUCGGAAUAUCGUGGUCAAUAGCCUCCAGUUGGAAGCCGGGGACGGAAACCUAUCCUGCAUUGGAGGCGAAGAUGGAAAGGGAGAUCGGAUAUUAGCCUUCCUCCCAUUCUACCACAUCUACGGCCUGAACUGCCUCCUCCAUCAAACAAUUUACCGCGGUUACCACCUCAUCGUCAUGCAAAAAUUCGACAUCGAGAAAUGGUGCGCCCACGUCCAGAAUUACCGUAUCACCUUUAGCUACGUCGUUCCUCCCGUCGUCCUCUUACUGGGUAAACACCCCAUCAUCGACAAAUACAACCUCUCCAGCUUGCGCAUGAUGAACUGCGGCGCCGCACCACUUACCCAAGAACUCGUCGAAGCGGUCUACGCGCGCAUCAAGGUCGGUAUCAAGCAGGGCUAUGGUCUCAGCGAAACGAGUCCUGUCACGCACACACAGCCCUGGAGCGAGUGGCAUAGCAGUAUUGGGUCUGUCGGGAAGAUGGUGCCGAACAUGGAGGCGAAGUAUAUGACCAUGCCGGAGGAUGGGUCUGAGCCGAGCGAAGUUGGCGCCGGGGAGGUCGGGGAGUUGUACGUGCGCGGUGAAAACGUGUUCCAGGGGUAUCAUGAGAAUCCGACUGCGACGGAAGAGUGUCUGUCGGCGGAUGGAUGGUUCCGGACUGGUGACGUUGGGUAUCAGGAUCCCAAGGGGAACUUUUACAUCACGGAUCGGGUUAAGGAGCUCAUCAAGUACAAGGGAUUCCAGGUGGCUCCUGCGGAAUUGGAGGGUAUCCUGGUUGACAAUGAGGCCGUGGAUGAUGUUGCGGUGAUUGGUGUGGAGAGCGAGGCGCAUGGCAGUGAGGUGCCUAUUGCGUUUGUUGUGCGGAGUGGCAAGAGCAAGUCCUCUGGUGCGAGCGCUGAGCAGGAGGCCGAGAACAUCAUCAAGUGGCUGGACAGCAAGGUGGCAUACCACAAGCGUCUGCGCGGUGGUGUGCGGUUCGUGGACGAAAUCCCCAAGAGCCCGAGUGGAAAGAUUCUCCGCCGGAUGUUGAAGAAGCAAGUCCAAGAUGAGACCAAGGCUGCUAAGCCCAAGGCCAAGCUGUGA